AGCACAAAAGAGAAGUACAGACAGAUUGAGAGAGGAAGGGAGAAAGUCAGCUACAAAGCCAGAGGGACAGAAGGGAAUUUAGCCGGCACAAACUUCCAGUUCUUCCUCUAUCAUCCAUUUCAUUAUCCUGGUCUCCUUCUCAGCUGCUAUUUUGCGUCCUGAUCCUGGCAUAACAGCGGCGUCCGGUCAGCCACAGGGAAGCCGGUGGAUGUUUUUUAAGAGCGCACUUCUCUGACACUCAGAAGAGGAUGAGUGCUUGAGCACAAGCUCGAGAGACUGACGAAGUACAUUCACUAAACCAGGAGAGACAGACGGCGUCCACUCCGUCCUCAGGAGCGAAUGAGAGGAGAGGGUCUGUAACGCUGGAGCUCAAGGACAAACCAUGGACUCUGCACACCUCCCACUUCACCUGGACGUCCAACAUGUUCCCUGCUAGCCUACUGGUUCUGAUGAUCCUGCUGCUACCUCAUGUCUCAUCAGGUCAACAGGAGGGUCCCAGUCAGACUCAUGGAUACUUUGGUAGUCCUCUGGAACCUAGUUUGGCGCAUACCAUUCAAAACCUCCUGCUGACCCGCCUGGGUCUACAGUCACAUCCCAACCCCAGUACAGAGGCACGGGUUCCCCAGUAUCUUCUAGACCUGUAUCGAUUCCACACUGAACAGUACCAUCUCGUUGAAGACCCAGAGUUUAGCUACCCGUCCCAGCAUGUGCAAGGAGCCAACACAGUCCGAUGCUUUCACCACACAGAUUCUACAGUCCUGAGUGUUCCAGAAGAGCAGAAAACGACAGGGGACAGCAUUCACAUUGACUUCAAUCUGUCCUCCAUUCCUUCAGAAGAGAGCGUGGUGUCGGCAGAGCUCCGUUUUCUGCACGAAGGAUCAAGUGAAGACUCUCACGUGGUCAGCCUUUAUCUUUCCAACAGUGACCCUGCAUCAAAGCCCACACUGAUCCAUUCACGCCCACUGACUAGAGAUCGAAAGACCACAGAACUCUGGGAAACCUUUCCCCUGGAUGGAGAAGUGUUUCAGAAUCUAUCUGAGAGGUCAGGGAGCCUGUCUUUCAUUCUGGACAUUAUUGCUGAUAAUAACUGCAGCCUUUCCAAGGAGAGACAUCUGCGGGUGCGCAGGUCCACCGGGCAGGAUGAGCACAGCUGGACGAGGCAGAGGCCGUUGCUGGUGACUUACAGUCACGAUGGCCGCAGCCAGUCCUUUGUGCCUCUCAAAAAGCAGAGCCCUGCUGGCAGACGAGGCAGGGGCAGAUGGACCGGGGGCAGGUUUAAGGGUGAUAGGGGUCAGGGCUCUGACACAGGUUGGCGGGUGGGAUGGAAUGAAAGGCGAGUGAAACGACAUGGUGGGAGGGCUGCCAAGCUCAAACGGCUCUCCCGCGCUCGCUGCCGUCGACACCCGCUGUACGUGGACUUCAAAGAUGUAGGUUGGAAUAAAUGGAUCGUGGCCCCGUCCGGUUACGAUGCUUUCUUUUGCCUCGGAGAGUGCCGCUUCCCACUGGCUGACCAUAUGAAUUCAUCUAGCCAUGCUAUGGUGCAGACGCUGGUCAACUCUGUAAACGGAGCCGUGCCGCGGGCCUGCUGUGUGCCAACGGCCCUUAGCCCCAUCGCCCUCCUCUACCUGGACCAGGAGGAACGUGUGGUGUUGAAAAACUAUCAAGACAUGGUGGUGGAGGGCUGCGGUUGUCGAUAGCAAAAUGCUCAUGGAAUAGAUAAGAAGGGUGGACUGGAAAAAUAGGACUAAAAGCAGUAAGUGAGAAAAGAAAGCAAGGUAAAACUGUCAUACUAAAAAACAUGAGCACCUUCCCGUAGUCCUCUGGAACCCAGCUUUGAAUUCUUGUGUCCAAUGAAGCAUUGUAUUUGUGUGAACAACGACCCUUAGAAGUAUUCAGUCCCAACGUGACGUGUCUGUCUUAUGUAGUACACUCCAGCUAUCUGUCUUGUAGGUGUCCAGUAGCUACAGUGUGUUCUUGUUGUUGUGUCCUUCCUGCUCCUGUUUUGUGCGUCUUUCCCUCGUAACCAUUACAUCAUUGACAACUCAAAGGGACCAAGAAGUGACCGUGGACUCUUAUUGAGCAUUUGGAGCUGGACAGACUUAAACCUGAGGGGAGACAAUAAGAAAACUGAACUCCUCAUCUCUGGUUGCAAAAGAAACUUCAAAGUAUGCACUGUGACAGAGACUAUAACUGAUUACAGGGCACUUCUCCUUAUGAGCUAUUUAAAAAUCACGACACCAAGAAAUUAUGAUGUUAUUGUCUGAAUGUGUUAGUGCUAUUAUUUAUGGUGACCUGUUAUUUUUUUAUGUACGGUGCAGUCCAAAGAAAAGUUUGCUAUACAAAUACUUCUGUGGUAGUAAAGUAAAUCUAAUUUAAGAAUGCAUCAAUAUAUAUCUAUUUAAAUAGCAGAAAAUAUGGAAUAUUUAAUCUUGACAAAUACUGCAGAUAUAUAAGUACCAGAACGCCUUAUAGAUCCAUUUAAAGCCAGUUCAAACUGGUGUUACUCAUCUAUUAUUUGUAAAACCACAGCACUGAAUCAUGGCAGCUUUAUAUUGGCAUUGACUGAACUACGAGGGCUCUUUCAUUACAAUUGAAGCUUUGUGAAACAAAGAAAAUUGCCUAAACAUUCCACGGUGCCAAAUGUUAUGUUAUGUGCCAUAGGUGUACAAGCUUGCUAAGUGGUAUUAUACAUAACUUUGUGUCUAUUGUCAUCAUGUAGUUUUCACACAAGUGUUGACCAAACUGUUUGUAUUUAUAGACAACAGGUUAAAAAAAAAAGUCCAAUCUUAUUCCAAUGUUCUGCCAUGAAUAGCUGAUUAUAUUUUAGUGUGAUGCUUUACGUGCAGUUUAAACAAAAGCCUUGAGAAUGUCUGACAUUGUCUAGAGCCAUUGUGAAAUGUGUAAUAAUAAACAGCAAACUAAUCAG